AUGCGACAGGCGGACGCCGAAGGUCUGGCGGACGGGCCAGCGCUGGAAAGUCAUACUACACAUGAUCUCGACGAGCCAUCAGAGGAUACUUUCGACCCUGUGAUGCUGGAUUUUGGACUCGGUCCCAUUACGUCCGAGUCCAUGCUGAAUCCUUGCUUCGACAACGGGACAUUCUCCACGGCGGACGCUUUCGAUGCCUCGAUGUCUGGUGGCAUUAGCAUUUUUUCAAGCCAGGAUCAAUGGCUCGUAACAACGGAGCAGCACGAUGCCCUCGAACGCGCAGGCACUCCAGUCGACGAAGAGAUAAUUAGAUCUUACGAGAGAAUGGCUCCCAUUUGUGAUGGAAUCCAACCAUGGCAUCUCUACGAUCCUAGUACACUACUACAUUACAUCGUAAGCCGUGUAAAGAACUUUAUCUCUGACAUGGCCACGACGAAUGCCUCCCCUUUCCUCCAUUGUUACCUCUACAGGGAUCAUACCCCGGCUUGCAUACUAUCAUGCUUCUCUACGAGUGUGCUCUACACGAACCGUACUCCGGCGACCACUGCCAUGGUGAUGCGUGCGAUCGACCGGGCUGUGAAGGACCUUCUCUCCACGGAGACCGGCGGCGGCGGCGGCGCAACGAUGCCCGUGGAGAAACUCGCCAGGACGCAAGCCCUGUUUCUGUUCCAGAUAAUCCGCCUACUCGAUGGGGACGUCACCCUGAGAGCUCAAGGAGAGCGUGACAUUCGACUUUUGGAGGUGUGGUUGAAUGAUUUGUGCAAAGUUCGUGAGAACUUGCGCGAUCUCGGCGCCGGCAGUGGCACUAGCGAGAGGAAUAGUGUUGGGAGAAGAAAUCAACAUCCUCCGCAAUGGGAGACAUGGAUCUUUGCAGAAUCCGUUCGAAGAACUAUAAUAAUGGCUCAUUCAUUUCUACAACUCUACGAGAUGAUGAAAGGGCUAGGGUCCGGAUCAUCCAACUCCUCUGAAGCUGAAGAUGACGAUCGUGGAGUCUGGGAUUAUACCCACCGAUGGACUUUGUCUCGACAUUUGUGGGAAGCCAAGUCUUCAUUCGAAUUCGAGCGCGCGUGGAAGGAAAAACCACAUUUCAUCAUCACGAAUUACGCGUUCAACCACUUCCUCCAAAAUGGUAGAGGUGACGACGUGGACGAACUUGCAGAGAUUUUAUUGAGCGUGUACAUGGGAGUUGAGGAAACAAAAGAGUUUAUUACCGCAAAGAGUUGAAGGAUAG